AUUUUUGUCCUAAUUUUGCUUUCAGGCAACAUCUGUAAAACAGAUCUACCGAUUAAUUGUGUAAGGCGUUGCCCUAGAAAUUUACAAUUUGGCAGUUUGAAUUAAUAUGAUUGACAAAUAUACAUUAUCAUGAAUCUUUAAGUUUUUAUAAUAACCGCAAUAGCACGUCCUGCCCGAUAGACAAAUUCGGGGUUAAAAUACAGAGUGGAGUGAUUUUUUUUAUGUUUUCCUGCUUGGGUUCAAGUGACAAGCCUGUCUUUGAGCUAAACAUUCGCGAGACGACGCUUGAAGAUUUGUGCAGUGAUGCACCAAUAGGACAAUGGAGACGACGGACAGUCCCACUGAGGGUGAUCCCCUGAAGAGCGGAGAAGACGGCGUGGAGACGGCAGCGCCGCCAGCGACGGAACUCAAGCGAGGCUGCAAGGAAGUGCUGGGGCUUUCCAAACUCACCCACUGGCGGACGGCCGUCUUCUUCCUCGCCUUGUUCCUCUGCCUCAUAGUGGUCUUUGCCUUCUCCUUUAUUAUCCCCUGCCCUGUCAGACCGCAGUAUCUUGCUUCCUGGAAUAGGACAUUUAUUGACGCGGAAACGUAUGACGUUUUAGUGUUUGAAGAUACGAGCAAAGACAAGGUGAAGGAUGUCCUGCUCGUGGUCAAGAGCACCGAAGUUAGUCUGAACAAUACAUGCGGGAAUGCGGGUCUGCCGUCACCAUGUGUGUUCAUGAUGGCAGUGGAUGGGACAGACGGAGAAACCCUGUGGGCGCGCCCGCUGGAUCCCGACUUCCACUGGGCCCAGUGUGGCCUGGACACAAAGACGGGAGAGGAAUGGGACUGUCUGCUGUUCCAUUCCGACCGGCUGUCAGCGCUGGAUAAAUCCAAAGGUGAGGUCAGGUGGCAGCAGCCUCAGCCUCCUGGUUUGCAAAGCAGCCUGCCCGUGCUCAGUGUUCCGGAUCUGGAUGGGGACAAGGUCAGCGACAUAGCCUUAGUGGCAUCUGAUAGCACCAAGACUCAGCUGGUGUUCAUCUCGGGGAAGACAGGCGUCCAGAUUGGAUCAACGGUGGCUCUGAACACCACAGAAACAUCUGCUCAUCUUCUCCAUAAGAGCGGGAAGGGCACUGAGUAUCUGCUGCUUCAAAACGACACCGGCUUGUACGGACUGGCCCUGUGGAGGAUUGCCAAAGAAGCCAAGGAAGGGCUUGAGGCGGGCUUCAAGGAGAAGAAACAAAUGAAGAGGGAAGCCGCGGCCGCAUCUGGAUCGGUACCAGUUUACGAGUCUGACUUGCUGAGGCGUGUGGUGAGAACAGACACGGCGCCGUCAUCCAACUUGAUGCUGGUGACGGGCAGUGAUGUGGUUUUAAUAGAUGGAAAGACACUGCAGCCUUUGUGGAAGUUCAACACCACCUCAGUCUUCAGGGAGCCUGGCUUUGGUCACUUCAAUAAAGACGGUGUACUUGAUAUUGCGCUUGAGGAGGACAUGGACAACUCCACCAAGAGGGUGGUGAUCCUAGAUGGGAAGUCCGGUGACGUGCUGUGGGAAGUGGAGCUCCUGCCCGGCGCCAAUUCACCUGGACCCACCUCCGUACGCACCACCAACUACAUUUCCAUCUUUGUGUUCUGGGGGCUGCUGCCCACUCAGGCCAACUCCUCUGUACCCGGCGAACGUCGUUCUUACAUGCUGUAUCCUCUCUACUCCAACGUGCUGCUCGAGUCUGAAAAAAUGACGGACCACAUUGUUACAUUUAAAGCAACGUUGAUGGAGAGAGGACGCCACGCCGCCUUCAUCCUGCUGUCGGGUCCCGACGCCAAGGACACAGAAGGCACGGUGGUUCUCAGCAAGUGGAAGCUGAAGAGCGACGUGCCUGGGAGCAAGGUGCUCCCCGUCGGCCGCAGCGAGGCCCCCGACACGGACGACAACAUCAAACAGGCCUUUAACCGACUGCGCUUCAGCGAUAACUGAAUCAACCGUCGACAGUUUGGAUUUUUUGGCGCUUUUCUGUUCAUUCCUACUGUGUCAAGUGUUUGUUUUGCAGGCUGUGAAUUUGAAUAGAUAACACUCGGUUAGCCUGAUAGUGUAAUUGCCUUGGCCUCUCUUCAGGAAACAGGAAAAAGCAAAUGUAACCAAGUAUUUUUAUUACAUUUGUGGCGGCAAGUUAAAAAAUAACGUAUUAGGCUAACGAUUCUAGGUGGUCUGUGUCUAAACUGCUGUUUUCCCUGACAGUCAUGCUGCCUGCUGAGAAAUCAUCACAACUCUUGCUGUAUUUUAACUUCUUGCACUUUCUUUCAGCAAUGCAAUUGUUUCUUUUCCACAUAUAAAAAAAAAACUUGAUUAUUGUGCAGAUAUAUGCAAUUGUUUCACACUAGUGCUGCAAAGAUUAGUGGAGGUUAAUUACUGUAAUAUUUAAUACUAGAACAGCCUUAAACGUGAAUGUUUCAACUUGAACUAUUCCGCCGAUUGUUACAGGUCUGCUCUGUGUGGUUUGAUUUUCAACAUUCACUGAGGCAGUGAGUUCUUGCAGUGUGGUUGUAGCGCCUUAUCAGUCAGAUUUACAUUAUAUUUGAGAUUUAUAUUCAUAGGAAAAUAUUUGUUUUGCUGUAUAUUUAUAUUGGAAAUUGUGUUUCUUCUAAGACAAGCUGGGGUUUCUCCUAAAGUUAAAAUUUGUUUACUAUUAAAAGGAUUUUUAAACA